AUGAGGCUGACGAUCACGUGCGCAUUCAUUCUGGUUACUAUGGCAACACGUGCAAGGGCGCAAAAUGUCAACUGCGCCAAUCCCGUUGACGUCAUGUUCCUAAUGGAUGGAUCAGACAGCAUUGACGCGUCUGAAUGGAGUAAGGAGAAAGAUUUCGUGGCCCGCAUUGUGAUGGCACUGGAUAUCAGCCCUUCGACUGUCAACGUAGGUUUCACCGUAUACAGCUCGGACAUUCACACACACACGGGGCUGAACCCUUUCCAGCCGAAGGUCGUCCUGAAUGCGAAGAUCAGAAACGUGGAGCACCCCACGGGGAUCGCCACCAAUACCGCAAUGGGCAUCGCUCACGUUACGCAGACGCUUAAGGAGCAGCCGCGUACGCGCGCAAACGCCCCAAAGAUCAUGAUCGUGAUCACCGACGGCACUUCCGUGAACCCGGCAGAGACCAUCCGGCAGGCGCAGGACGCCAAGGCUUCCGGCAUCACCAUCAUCGCCGUCGGUAUCGGCAACACGGCGUUCGUAGAGGAGCUGCGCGAGAUCUCCUCAAGUCCGCAGCACUACUACCAGGCGCCGGACUUCGAUACGCUGCGCGGGAUUGAGACGCAGAUUAGGAACAUCAUCUGCAGAGUCGUUACAACGACGAGAGCUCCUAUUUUCGUUCCACCAACCCAACCGCCGUCUCUGGUACCUAUACAAGGAAACAUAAAUUGCAACAACCCGGCCGACAUAAUUUUCCUCAUCGACGGUUCCGACAGCAUCAGCGAUCAGGACUAUGUGAGACUGAAGAGUUUCGUCGCCACUUUGAUAGAAAACUUCGAGGUCAGCCAACAAGCCAUCCACGUGGGCCUCAUCGUCUAUAGUAGCGCAAUCGGUGACAAAGUACCACUCUCCCCCUUCAAGAAUAAGUUCCUCCUCAAGGCUCUGGCUCGGAACCUGAACCACCCCCGGCUCGGUACGGACACAGGCGGAGGGCUGGAGGCCGCCUCGAACAUGAUAAGGGAACAAGGGCGUAAAAACGUCCCGGAGAUGAUUGUCGUCAUUACAGACGGACGCUCAACCAUUCCCUAUAAGACUAUCAUGCAGGCUGCAAAGGCGAAGGCAGAGGGCAUCACAUUGAUCGCCAUUGGCGUCGGCAAGGAUAUCUUCUCGCAGGAGCUGAACGUGAUAGCCAGCGGCCCAAAGUACGUGUCCGAGGUCGCAGACUUCACAUCCCUGGAGAGCAUUAUUAACGCCAUGCGGGAUCUCAUCUGCACGGCCAUCACGACGCCGACGCCGAUAACUACGACGAUGAUGCCUAUAACGCCACCGCCUUCCAUUGACCCGCCAGAUUCCGGACUCAUUUGUACGGUGCCUGGUGACGUCAUUUUCGUACUGGACGGUUCCAACAGCAUCCACCCGAAUGACUGGAUCAGACAGCGCAACUUCGUCUCCAAUCUUAUAAAUAACCUUGAGAUCGGUCGCCAGUAUAUUCACGUCGCGGUUGUGGUAUACAGCACCGGUAUCGGUGAAGUCAUUCCGCUGGUCCCCUUCCAGCCACAGUCAGUACUUAGCAACCGCGUGGGGAAGCUAGUCCAGCCCAGUUACGGAACAGACACAGCCCUGGGUAUCGAGAGGGCUCGACAGAUCCUCACGGACCAGGGCCGCAAGGACGCUCCGAAUGUCGUCAUCGUCGUCACCGACGGAAAGUCCACACACCCCGACAGGACGCACAUCCAAUCGAUGAUGGCGAAGGCUGAUGGAGUCACAAUGUUCGCCGUCGGUGUCGGUCCUGACGUCUUUGAGGACGAGAUGCACAACAUCGCAUCAUCCGGUGCUCAAGUGUUCAAGGUCGCAGACUUCGUGUCGCUCCAGAGCAUCAUAAAAGUGCUAAGGGAUAAGAUUUGUCAAGUCGUGCAAACGACUACGUCGGCCCCAGCCACGAUGCCGACCACGACGAUGCCGACCACGACGGUGAUGGUGACGCCGUCAUUAGUUCAGCUCUAUCCAUGCGACGAGAGCCGCACGGAGGCAGAUAUCAUGUUCUUGGUGGGCGGUACUAAAACAAUGAGCCCAUACGAUUGGAUGAUGAGCAAGCACCUUGCUGCAAACUUUCUGGAUGGGCUUGCGAUCGCUCGAGAAUUCUCGCACGUCGGCGUCGUCGUGUCGGAUUCUGGCCGGUCUGACACCAUCGGAAUGUCGCCAUUUAAAGCCAAAAAAUAUUUACAGGAAAUGUUCCGCGGGUUACUCCACCCGAAUGGCGACAUGGAUACUGCGACCGGGCUGCGCAAGAUACAGAAUUUCUUUGACGCCUCGGGACGCCCCAGCUCGAAGAAACUUGUCGUGUACCUCACGAACGGCGCGUCGGCGUCUCCUGCAGAUGCCGCCAGGGAAGCCGACAUCAUGAAGCGCAAAGGCGUGGACAUCGUCACCAUGGGGAUCGGCAACCGGCUGAACAGCGCAGAGCUGCAGGCCCUGGCGUCCAAGCCGACCUUAACUUUCAGCAGCCCAGACAGCGUUAGCUCAUUCCGGCGUCUGCCUGAACUGCAGCGCGCCGUCUGCGAACUUCUUCGCAAGCCAAUAACAACAACACAAGCACCAACGACUCCAAGUGAUCUUUGCGCAGGUUGUUUGAUCGACAGCGGGACGGGCUACAACCCCGUGGCAGGGGACUGCACUCGUUACGUGCAGUGCUGGCGAGAUGGCCCCCAUAUCCGGGCCCUCGUGCGCUCGUGCCCAUUCGGACAGUUCUGGGACGCCGACGCAAUCACGUGCAGGCCGUCUUUCCUAGUGCGAUGCUCUGCAGAUCCGUGCCGCUCCGCGGACUCAAUGUUCACAUACAGCAUGCCGGAAUACGGAUGUCGAGGCUACUGGAAGUGCAUUGACGGCUUCAGCGUCGGCCACUGCUGCCCCGCCGGAAGUGCCUACGUGGACGGCAUGGGUUGCCGAGAGACGAGCACAUGCAGCGAGAUGUGUCCGCCGAGAGGGGGCGUGGCCGUAAACCCAACGUGUGACAGGAAACCUCACUGGGACUCGCGUUACUACAUCGAGAUUGUAUACGGCCGCGGAGAAAUAGUCCGUCCAUGUCCGGCUGGGACUAUUUUCUACGAGAAGAAAUGCGAGUGCGACUUCGGCUUGUCCGGUCUGCUUCCCGCCACACCGCAUGUCCAAUGUCAGCCCGCCGCAUCGUUCCCAUUUAACCUUGACCUAAUGGACAAGUCUCAAUUCGGCUCGAAUGUCGGAAUCAACGGGGUGCGACGGACAGACCUCGGUACCGCUCACUUUAACCACAACGGAACCAGCAACAUGAACCUUUGGCGAUUUGCUGGCGGCGACUGGGGUAACCAACUGGUGAUUAAAUUCAAGUUCCGGUUCGACUUCAGCAAUAAACUCGUCGACUACGGCGGCAUUCCCGUCGACCUCGGUGGACCGGAUAUGGAUCUUGGCCUCGUCAGCGACUACCACAUGACUGACAUUGACUGGCGGCUCUGGGACCGCUUGCGUCAGAUCCGGUCCCUCGAAGAUUGGAGGCGUCUACUGAACGAAUUCGGCCAGUCGCGAACAUUCUAUAUAUUUCUGGGAACGCUCGGUUUCAAACCCGGAACAUCAAACUCCCAUCAGGUGUUGAGCAUAUUGAGCACACCUGAAGCAUAUGCCCAGUUCCAGAUCUUGCUAGACCAGAUGCAGGGGCGUCUGAAUGCCGAUGUGAACAUCGACAGGGCAACUUCCGGCGGCCUCAGGGAGAUCCUUACGCUCCUUCGGUCAAUGAGGGAUGUGAUAGACUGGGGUUUGAUAACGCGGCGACUAAGAGGAGAGGAGACAGUCACCGUGCCACCUAACGCCAUUGCGCAUCUGACCGGAACUGGCGAGUAUCUCUGGGACGGCAGGUCUUCAAUGUGGAUCCGGACCGCUCCUUCCGGUACUUUACCUAUACCACCGACCGUAACUUGGCAGGGUGCAGACGAACACCUCCUGAACAUCGGCGGCACCGAAACGGCGUCAGAGUGGCGCUUCAACGAGAAAUCUGGUCAGUGGGAGCGCUACGCCGCCAUCGACAUCGGCGGAGGUCAUCACGGACAGUACGAGUGGCUGACCGCGUCCGACGCGCGAGCCGCCGGGGAGCAGACCUCGCAGACUUCCGGUAAUGCUGGGGUGGAGUUCUGGCAAUGGAACGCGACUGGCUCCCAGCAGCCCAUUCGGGCGUCAACGUCCGUAAACGGUACCGGGUCCUACGCCGCAACAGGAAACUCUUCCGGUGGGAUUGCUGGCAUGUCCUGGCAGGAUAUACUCAAUAUGCUAAAUGAUGCUCAGAACAACACUUCCGGUACGUGGCAGUGGACAACACACGGCACAUCCGGUGACACGACGCGCGCAGCAAACCAGCAGGCUCUGGAGGCGUUAAUGAGGCAGUUCAAUAUUGGUGGCGGAGGAAGUGGCGGUGUCGGUGGCAGCGCAACGUGGCAGUGGAACGCAUCAGAACUCAGACGUCGAGUGGAGGAGGCCCGCCUUGCUGAAUUAGGGGCCUCGCUAACUGGUGGUUGGAACUUCCAGACGGGAGGCGGAGUUACGCAGAAUUUAGGAGGAACCGGUCAAAUUGGUGGUGUCGGUCAGGCCGAUGGAUGGGGUUUCCAAAUGGGCGGGGGAGCAGGUCAAACUGGAGGUGCUAAUAUGAUCGAUGGGUGGAACUUCCAAACGGGCGGAGGAGCAGGUCAAACUGGAGAUGCUAAUAUGAUCGAUGGGUGGAACUUCCAAACGGGCGGAGGAGCAGGUCAAACUGGAGGUGCUAAUAUGAUCGAUGGGUGGAACUUCCAAACGGGCGGAGGAGCAGGUCAAACUGGAGGUGCUAAUAUGAUCGAUGGGUGGAACUUCCAAACAGGACUCGGGGCCUCACAACUUGAGAGCGGAGCGGGUCAGACCGGAGAAUGGAAUUUCCUGACCGGCGGAAGCGCAAAUCAGGCUGGUAGUGGAAUUGGGCAGACGGACGGUUGGGCUGGUCAGUUUGGUGGAGAGGCAGGUGUUACCGGCGGCUGGGAAUUUCAGACAGGAGGAGGGACUUUAAAUGCCGGUGGAAUGGCAGGUCAAACCGGUGGCAUGUCGAGUCAGACAGGAGGGGCCUCUGGUCAAACUGGCGGAUGGUUUGGCCAGACAGGUGGAACAACUGGUGGCACUAAAUCCGGGAUGGCCGGGUCAGGCUUUGAUAUCCAAGAAUUCCAGCGGAUGGUACAGGAAAUGGCAGCGCGCAUGCAAGGGGGCGCAACUGGUGGAUCUGCUCAGACGUCGUUCAACUUGUCUGGAGAGUUCUCUCCCUCUGGAAACACGUUCACAGGAAGCAACGUAGAAAGCACGGGUCUCGACACGGGUAUGUUUAAGAGCCUCCUGCAGGAAAUGGCGCGUGAGAACGCAGGCGGCUCUGGGUACUUCAACAUGUCCGGAGAGUUUAUGUCGACCGGCGGAUCCGCAAGUAGUGGCUCCAUUGCAACCAGCAAGGGCAAUCAGUCGGGAAGCAUCGAGUCCAUCCUGCAGCGUCUGGCCGCCACAUACGGCAUUGCACCCGGCAUGUUGGACACAUCCGGAAUAUACGUAACUGCGACCGGAACAGGAAGUGGGGGAGCAACUGGUGGCGCAACUGGUGGUGCAACUGGUGGCGCUGCAGGCUUUGACGUCAACAGACUGAACGUUGUUCUUCAACAACUGUCUGACCUAAUACGAGUCAAUAAGGGACAGAACACAGGCAAUAUGGGAGGAAAUAACUUCGAAGGUGGCUCCAAACGUACCGUGCAGGUGCGCGUUGAAAAUGAAAGGCCUGUCCCGAAUAAUCAGAUCGCAGGAGGCCGGGUCGUGGGCGGUUCUUUUGGAGUGGGAUUCCAAGGCGGAAGUGAGGGUGGUGGCAGCAGCAGCGGAGGCGAAGGUGCGUUUUCCCAGGGCUCACAGACAUUCAGUCAAACGGUAGGCGCACCAUUUGAGCAGGGUUCGAAUGCAAAUGGCGCUAUUGAGGCGGCAGGAAUUGACUUUGUAGUGUUCCCCGUGAACACUGAACCCGUCGCUGGCCCUGCGCAAAGCGAAGUAAAGACUAUCUCUCAAACUGUUAGGAUUUCAAAUGUUAGGCCCACGAAUACUGCGAACAAUGUUAAACGAGUACAAACAUUUUCGCAGAGCGGAGGCGGAGGUGCCGCAUUAAAUAGUUCUCCACAAGCCGUCAAUAAUGUUGAGGCCACAGUGAUGACCGGAGGUAAUUCUGUAAGGUUCGAUGAGCCCCCUGCAAGCUCUUCAAGAGAUAUUGAUAAUGUAGAGGGGACCAUGCAAACCGGAAGUGUUUCGAUAAUGUUGAAUAGACCAACUGACACCGUAAGCACUUCGCAAACCGGUAAUAAUUUUGAAGCCGCGGUGCAAACCGAACGUGAGGCUAGAAUUGUUAAUAUACCCACUGUAAGCUCUUCGAAGGGUUCUAACACUGUAGAGGUUACAGUCCAAUCCGGCGGGGGUUCUAGAAUAUUAAAUGUACCUACUGUUAAUUCUUCGAAGGGCUCUACCACUCUAGAGGCUACAUUCACGUCCGGUGGUGAUUCUAGAAUGUUAAAUAUUCCCAAUGUGAGCUCUUCGCAGGCCGUAAAUAAUGUAGAGACAACAGUGAUAACUGGAAAUGAUGCUAGAACGUUUAAUGGACCCUCACAAAGCACUUCGCGGGCAAUCAAUAAUAUAGAGGCUACAGUGAUACGCGGAAGUGAUGCUAGAAUUGCUAAUAGGCCCAGUGAGAAUGUCAGCACUUCGCAGGGCAUGGCUAAGAUUCAGUCAACAUCGCGAACCGGAAGCGGUGGUACCUUCACAAUAAAUUCGAGCGCCAACGGCGGCAAUACCGUGUUCACUUCCGAAAGGAAAGACCAACCAGUGUCUGGUUCAAGGAAUGUCGUCACGAUAAAGCAAUCUGUUCAGGGCGGAGGCGGAAGUGGAGGCGGAAGUGGAGGCAGUGCCUUCGCAGACAUGUCAGGGAUUCCCCGUGGUGCGGGAGCCCGGGGUGUCAGCAGGAGCGAGGAAGGGCGGUUUAUGGGUAUACAUGUGCCGGAAUCUAACUCGGGCUUUAUUUCCGGUGCCUCCAUUGUUGGUGGCGGGUCAGCUUCCGGGUCCUCUUCGUUGUCACGGUCAUCGGGAGGAGCUUCCGGUACACAGGUACUGACCGACGUAAGUGGAAUGUCAGGCGGCGACUUCACGCAGAUGGGCAAAGUCGUAGGGUCAGGCGGCGGUAUAAGGCGCGUCAUCGAUACCAACAUGAAGCGACUUCCGGCCGGUGAUGUCAGUUUCAAUGCCGACGGCGGCGUCAAUCUGGCUUCUCUCGGAAUCGACGGCAAGGACGCCGCCAAUAUCAUUCGAAAAUCGGUGCGAAUCGAGUCGGCCGGAGAUGGUCAGAUAGUGGGCGGAGCUAUAGAGGGAGGAGGAGGUGAAUUCGUUUCGGGUGGUUCGGGCCAGAUUAGCGGAGGACAGGGUGGUGGCUUUUCAUUCAGUUCCGGAAGUAGAUCUGGCGGCGGAGGUUUUACGGGCGGCGGGGGCUCGAUGUCGGCCGGAGGAGGGAUGUCGGUCGCCGGUGGAUCGGCUUCCGGAAGAGCUGGCGGCGUCUCCGGAUGGCAGUCCGGCAACCUCAAUGUGAACGAACUUCUACCGCUGUUAGCCACAGAAAACGUCUUGGACGGCAUGACAGCCAAACGUCGCAGAAAGAGGUCGCUCAGAAAUAAACGUCAGGUGGGCAACACCAGGAAACAAGAGUUUCAAGCCUUGGUCACCAACUGUCAAGGUCGAGGUCAAGGACCCUCCAUCAUGGUGGUUGCCAAUCAAAACGAGGUCAAGAUGGCGCUGAAGACGUACCAUAAUGACCCAGUGGUGGUUAACGUUCCCGCGGUGGAGGGCUGGAAUGACGUAACGAUGAUAUACGACGGCAAGACUCUGACAGGGAUCGUGGAGAAUUGGCAGGGGUUCAACAGGGCUUCUACUUCGCUGAAAGGUAACGUGGAGACACGGCAGACGGGACUGCUCGUUGGCUCGUGCGAGGGAUUCCAGAGCUUCAGCGGAGAAAUGGACGACUUAACGGUAUACAAAUGUCUGUCUCCCGCCAUCAUGGAAUUACGGGAUCGUGUUUUACGAAAAUAGGUCGCACAUAGCCCAACAACGGCCGUCGUGAACACUUGAAGUGAACAUUCAUUAUUUAUGUAUAUACGCACUUUUGAAUUGUAUUCCCGACUUUUUUGUAAAUGUUCGAUAAUUUUUUUCAUUGAUAAACACUUAUUAUAAGGUUGAACAUACCUAUGUGAGAAUCUAAUUCAAAAUUGUAUGCGAUUUAAAAAUUCUGACAUCGUGUCGUAAAUGUACUUUUUUAGAACUUACCUGUAUAACUUUGCAAAAUGUGCUAGUUAAACCGCCUUUGUUUUUACUUAGGACUAUAACAACGGAGUUGUAUUAAACUUAUGCACUUGAAGACCCUAUAUUUUAUUCUUAUUGUAACGUAACUCUUCAUUUUCAUUGAUUACUUAUGAAUAAAGCAACGAGGGGGGGGGGGGGGGGUCAUUAUAUGACUUGUGCAUGCAAAUAUAAUUUUUGAGACCAUUAAAUACUAUGCACUUUUUAUCGAAUGUUAAUUCCGAGUCCUGCAUUAUUGUCUUGAUAUGUUCGGAAACGCUUCCUUUAGUAAUGUUUUUGAACCUCAACUACUCGAUCACAUCUAGUUGAUCCGCUUUGUGUGAUCACUGAGUGUACGAUUUAAGUGAUUAAAUACUAUUUUCUACGAA